CAAGCAAAUACAAAUCUCUAGUGCAGACAAUUCCCAUUUGACGUUAGGCUAUGUGAACAAUUCGUCAAUAUAGAAUUUAAUUCUUAUGGGACUGUGCCGCAUCUAUACUUAAACACUUAACUAGCAUCAGUGUCCUCGAUCUACUAAAGGCGCCUAACAAUGCUCACCUUUAACCUAACCGUUCCACUCUCUGUUGACUUUUCGCGUCCUGAAGAUUAUUUGAUAUUUAUUUUUCAUAUUCUGUUCGCUACAGGUUCGGCUCUGCUGGCAGGGUCGGUGGUCAUUGGCAUCAUGAGCACCAGAGCCCUGCGCUCCCAAAACCGCUUCAUCUUCAUGUUAAACACCAGCAUCAGUGACACUUUAACCGGCUGCUCUGUCUUCUACCUCGGCCUGUUUGACGUCCAAGAGGGCUAUCCGUCCCGGAACGGCACAUUUUACAUUUUACCAUCAUUGCUAGGAGUGAACGUGUUGACGUUUGUGUUUGCACAGUUUGAUAGAUACCUGGCUGUGUGUCACCCCUUCUUCUACAAGCUGUACAUUACGCGCGGGGUUGUGAUUGGCGUCUGCGCGCUCUGCUGGAUUUACACAUAUUCAAUUCUAACCGUUCAAAGCGUCGUGCCAGUUGAGUUCGCCGCUCAGAUGAACGCUUUUGGGGUCAUAGUGCUGCAGGUGAUCGUGGCCGUCAAAGUUUUAAUGACCAUCAAACUGUACAUGAUCACGAGGUAUCAGCUCAGCCGAGAAGCGCCCAGCUGCGACAAGGACAGCAAGAAUGAAUCGCUGCGUAUUAUCGUUUUUGUGGUCAUUUGUUUCCUAAUCCUUUGGGCUCCGUCUUUUGUGAACAUCUCAGUGAAGUAUGUGACUAAGAACGGGCUGAGGUUCAAAAAUGAAGCCACGAAUCUUUUCGCAAUCAUGGCCCGAUUUAACGCGCUCAGCACGCCUGCGCUGUACAUCCGGGGCAGUCCAGCGUUACGCGCGGCGGUCUGGAACUCCGUGUGGAGUAAAGUAUUAAGAAGAAGAGAAACAAGGGUUGAGUCUGGUCAUGUGAAACUCGGGAAGGGAGGAGAGCUCAUCCUCAGCAUCACGCAGGGCAUCAGAGAAACAUGA